AUGCUGGAAGUGACUUGCAACGACCGACUUGGGAAGAAAGUUCGAGUGAAAUGCAAUCCGGACGACACUGUUGGAGAUCUUAAAAAGCUUAUAGCAGCACAGACCGGCACUCGGUAUGAUAAGAUUGUUCUCAAGAAAUGGUACACAGUGUUUAAAGAUCACAUUAAGUUAUCUGAUUAUGAAAUUCAUGAUGGCAUGAAUUUGGAACUUUACUACCAAUAA